AUAAUGAGUAAGUAGAAGCAAUAGGUAAUGAAUAAAAAGUAACAUUUUGAUGAUGUGGUCCUAUGCACUUCCGUAAUUCAUGCCUUAAUGAACUACUAAGUCUUCCACUUCUAUAGCUUCUUCUCUUCAUCAAUGGCCAAACCAACAAUGUCUGUACAUCACUUCGUCGUCGUCGUCGUCUUCGUCGUCAGCAUUUUUCUCCGUGGCAAGGCAUCUGAGCUGCCUAGCUGGUUGAAUGAGGACGAUAAUGAAGUUGACAUGGUCCAAACAAGGCAUGAUCAGUGUGAUCUAAGCUCAGGGAAAUGGGUAUAUGAUGAGUCCUAUCCUCUCUAUGAUUCAACUUGCCCUUAUCUUAGUACUUCAGUCACUUGUAAAACUAAUGGAAGGCCUGAUUCUGACUAUGAAAAGUGGAGAUGGAACCCUCAUUCUUGCACUCUUCCUAGGUUUGAUGCAUUGAAAUUUCUUGGAAAGAUGAGAAGGAAAAGAAUAAUGCUAGUUGGUGAUUCCAUAAUGAGAAACCAAUGGGAGUCUCUUGUGUGCUUAGUCCAAGGACUUAUUCCCACUCCUCAUAAGAAGCUCACCUACAAUGGUCCUUCUAUGGCUUUCCAUGCUUUGGAAUUUGAGACAUCAAUAGAGUUUACAUGGGCACCAUUGCUUGUGGAACUGAAAAAAGAAGGCGGAAACAAGCGAGUUCUUCAUUUGGAUAGGAUCGAAGAGAAUGCAAGAUAUUGGCGAAAUGUCGAUAUUCUUGUCUUUGAUUCAGCUCAUUGGUGGACUCACUCUCAAAAAUGGAGUUCGUGGGACUAUUACAUGGAAAGAGGGUCUGUCACAAAAAGUAUGAAUCCGAUGAUUGCUUAUGAGAAGGGACUGAGUACAUGGGCUAAAUGGAUCGAUUUAAAUCUCGAUCCUCGUCGAACUAGAGUUAUUUUUCGGAGCAUGUCUCCAAGGCAUAACAGGCAAAAUGGUUGGAAAUGCUACAAACAGAGGGAGCCUUUAACACAUUUCAGUCACCAACACAUACCAGAAGAGUUAGUAGUACUACAAGAGGUAGUAAAAAAGAUGAGUUUUCCGGUAUAUUUACACGAUAUCACAACGAUGUCGGCUCUACGUAGAGACGGGCAUCCGUCCGUGUAUAGAAGGGCGGUAAGGCAAGAAGCUGAGAGGCAGCACUUGACAAACUUCUCGUCGGAUUGUAGCCAUUGGUGCCUUCCAGGUGUACCUGAUAUUUGGAAUGAGAUGUUAAGUGCAAUUCUUUAGGUUAAGAGAAAAUGUUAGUAUUAAGUGAGUAGAAUAACUCUUCUACUAAAUAUCUAGUGUUAUUUCUUGUUCAUUGUGUUCUUUUUAUUUCUAGUGUAUGUUAGAGAUUGUGAUAAAUGGUUUGUGUUUAUGAUAUUUUAUUAUGUGAUAUUGUCAUUUUAAAAUGUUA